AUGCCUCUCCACAAUCACUUGUCAACGUUGGUGAUAGUCUUGCUGUUACUUGUCAGCGUCACUGCCAACAGCCACAACUACGAGAAUCAGUACGAUCCAUCGUUGAUUCAGAACAUUUUGGACUAUGGCGCCGUGGCGAAUACAUCAUCAAAAGAUUUGGAUGCAAGUCGUAAGAAUGGCAAGGCGCUCUACGAUGCCGUCCAAGCCGCCCACUCGUCAAAAGACGCCAAGACGGUGCUGAUCCCCUCGGACAGUUCGUUUGCGUUCAUGCCGUACGCUCCCAUGGUGGGACUCUUCAACGUGACCAUUGUCCUCGAUGGAUCUCUCACGUAUUACGAAGGAGACAUGAACGAUUGGACUCCAUCCAAUUUCAGUCAAGAUCCCAAUCGACAAGUCCUCGAUGGUAUUGUCAUUGAUCAGAGUUCGCAUAUUACACUCACAUCUUCCAGCAAUAGCGGCGGAGUCGUUUUUGGCAAUGGCAAUCGAUGGUGGUGGUCCAAUAUCCGACAUGGAACACCACGACCCAACUUGAUGACCAUUGCCAAUAGCUUGUAUGUGCGCAUGGAAUACUGGCAUUUGCACGAUAGUCCAAGAUGGACGGCCAACUUUUACGACGUCGCCCAUGUCCUCAUUCAAAACUGUACCAUUCAAGUCAAUAUCGCUGCGCAACGAGACAUGCUCGCACAACACAAUCUACUUUCGGAGUCGACAGGACUCCCCACGGUGCCACUCAAUACCGAUGGAUUUGAUAUUGCCGGCAAGAACAUUACAAUUCGACACUGUCACGUUGAAAAUUGGGACGAUGCCUAUUGUGCCAAACCACUCCAUCAACAAUCCAAUUUGUCUACGUGCACCACCGAUCUACUCAUUGAAGACUCGUCCAUUACCAAUGGAGUCGGUGCAUCGAUUGGGUCCGUACCACCCCACAAACACGUCAAUUGCAUUGCCAAUACCACCUUUCGACGCAUUACAUUUUCACAUCCCAUCAAGGCCAUAUACGUCAAACCCAAUCCGUGUCCUCAUGGACCUGCCAUUGAUGGCACGGGGAUUAUUCACAAUAUUACGUACGAAGAUAUUUACGCCGACAAACCUCUCACAUGGCCCAUCUAUGUUGGCACACAACAACAAAAACAACCCCACGGCGGUGCCGAUACCGGAUGCGACUUUUUCUAUCCAUUGCCGCGCACCCAUUGUCCUACGUAUGGAUGUGUUCCUGUGACACGCCUGCAAUUGCGCAAUGUCUUUAUGGAACGAGCGCUGUGGGCACCGGGAUUGUUGCGGUGCAAUGAAACCGGACCCUGUACCGGAUGGGAAUUCACCAAUGUCACCAUUCAGUCGGAAUCGACGUUUCCCUCGCGGACGCGCAACUUUCUCUGUCAUGCACUGCAGGAUUACAAAUUCACCAAUGUGUCGGUGGGGUGUCAAGAAGAAGAAGUAGAGCACAAAGCGACAAUAGCAGACGAAACUUUGACGGCACCAAUGACAGUGAAUUGA